AUGUCUUCCGAUACAACAUCAACGGAAAGCAUCGUCGAAAAAAUGUUACAUCCAAAGACUACGGAAAUAUAUUUCUCACUCAACAAUGGAGUUCGCAUCCCGGCUCUGGGUCUAGGGACAGCAAAUCCUCAUGAAAAACUGGCUGAAACUAAACAAGCUGUUAAGGCUGCCAUCAAGGCCGGAUACAGACACAUCGAUACCGCUUGGGCUUACGAGACAGAGCCAUUUGUGGGCGAAGCCAUCAAAGAGUUAUUGGAAGAUGGAUCUAUCAAAAGGGAAGAUCUUUUCAUAACCACAAAAGUAUGGCCCGUCCUGUGGGAUGAAGUAGACAGAUCUUUGAAUGAAUCUUUGAAGGCAUUAGGCCUAGACUACGUUGACUUGUUUUUACAACAUUGGCCAUUAUGUUUUGAAAAGGUCAAGGACCCUAAAGGACUCAGCGGAUUGGUAAAGACUCCAGUGGAUGAUUCUGGAAAAACAAUGUACGCUUCCAACGGUGACUGGUUGGAGACUUACAAGCAGCUGGAAAAAAUUUACCUUGAUCCUAAUGAUCAUCGUAUUAGAGCCAUCGGUGUUUCAAAUUUCUCGAUUGAAUACUUGGAGCGUCUCAUCAAGGAAUGCAGAGUCAAGCCAACUGUCAACCAGGUAGAAACUCAUCCUCAUUUACCACAGAUGGCAAUGAGAAAGUUCUGCUUUAUGCACGAUAUCCUGUUAACAGCGUAUUCUCCAUUAGGAUCCAACGGUGCACCUAACUUGAAAAUCCCACUAGUCAAGAAGCUUACUGAAAAAUACAAUUUAACAGGUAAUGAUGUAUUGAUUUCUUACCACAUAAGACAAGGCACUAUUGUAAUUCCAAGAUCUUUGAAUCCAGUAAGAAUCUCCUCUAGUAUUGAAUUUUCCUGUUUGACAAAGGAUGAACUGCAAGAAUUGAACGACUUUGGUGAAAAAUACCCUGUGAGAUUCAUCGAUGAGCCAUUUGCGGCCAUUCUCCCAGAAUUCACUGGAAAUGGGCCAAACCUGGACAACUUGAAGUACUAA